UGCUUACCACACAGCAGAUAUACAAGACAGACGCUGAGUGGAAGCACAUGAAAGUUAACUGCUUAAACAGACUGAAGAGAGACAGAUAAAGGCAGACAGAGAGACAGUCAGAUAGACAGACAAAGAGACAGGCAGGUACCUUUGUGCCACCGUAAAGAUUUGAGACAGACAGGCAUAGAGAUAAAGGCAGAAAGAAGUGGACACAUACUGUAGUUCAUCUGAAUGUAAACUGUUAUUGGUCACAGCAAGGGAUGUAAACAGACAGACGGGCUGUGAGAGUGAGACAGAAAUACAUUAGAUCAGGCAACAGGAUGUUGUCAAAAAAGGAGGAACGAAGGUCGUUCGGCAACGGGCCGCUUAGAGACCAAUGGGAGAAGAAAGCUCAGAGCAUCAUAGAGCAGAACAAACAGGAGGCCGAAUGGAGGAAGAAAAGUUCCAACAAAAUAUCUUUCUCGAAGUGGAAUUAUCACUGGUCACUAGUCUCCAAUGGAGACUUCCAUCAGCUCACCAGUAGUGCAGAUGAUGCGGAAAAAAACAAGCCAAAAAUCAAAUUCAAAGUCGUCCCCCCUCCUCCCAAACCCAAACAUGAGCCUGCCCCUGCUCCGCCUACUCCCAGGAAAGCCGCUUCGCCCAAACCUUGCAGGCAAAAACGUAAAGUUGAAGUGGAUGUGUUCGGGCUGUGCUGGAGAGACUCCUGGAAGAGCUUGAAGCCUCCAAAGUAUCUUUACCUGAAGGCCAAAGAGACGAAAACUACAAUCCCAGGAUUCACAACCAUAGAGCUGCCUAACAACAGGGAGUACAAACCACCGGGGUACGGAUCAGAGGCCGAGUGGGAGUCUCCUUUUGAAAAAUGGAGUAACUCCUGGAAACAGGUGAAGAGCCCUGCCCAGUUGGAGCGCACUGAGGAGAAACAAUUCCAAUGGGAGAUUUCGCUUGAACGGAAACCGGUUGGCAAAGCUGAGAUAGAAGUCUUUACUCUUCCCGUCUGGGCCGGUACGUGGAAGUUCAUAAACUUCGCCUUCCGGCAGCAGCAGAAGUACUGGGAUCGUAUCUGGCCUGAGUUCCAACAAAACCUCAGCAACAAGUUCGACAAAGUACAGCAACUAGAGGAGCAGGACGAGCCCUCAGACUGGGAGGAUUCAUGGAGACUGUCCGGGGCAGAACUUGAACCAAAAGACACCACAGAGUACGAGACCCCAACUGCAGGCUCCUCCGGCACUGACACCACAGUCAUGAUGAGGCUGAACGAAGUAAUCCUGCCCGGCUGGAGUGACUCCUGGCGGCUUUCAGCGGCCCCCCUGGAGGAAGUAGAAGAACGUCACAAGAACUGGAACUCAUGCUGGGGAUACAGACAGCAGAUCAGGUGGUGCAUGGCUUCACUGGAGUCCCAUCAGCGACACAGCGCCAUGCUGACUAGAAGACGUAAAGCCACAAACCUCGUCCUUGCAUCACGGCUGGACGAGGAGACGGCAGAUAACGCGGAGUGGACUGAGGCCUGGAGAACUCCUAAAAGAUGGAUCGAAGCAAAGGAGGACAAAGUGACCGAGACGCGGGAGGACGAAGUGGAGGAGAUGAUGGAUGACACAGAGGACGAGGAAGAGGAAGAGGAGGAUGAAGGAGUAGACAACGAGAAGGAUAUGGAGGUAGAUGAGGAGGAGGAGGAUGAGGAGGACGAAGGAGUAGAUGAGGAGGUGGAGAAGGAGGAAGACAAGGAGUACAGGAGCGAAGAAAUACACAAGAAGGAAGAAAAAGAAAUUAACAAGGAGGAGGAGGAUGAAGGUGUCGAUGAGGAGGAGGAGGAGGAUGACGAUGAUGAGGAGGAGGAGGAGGAGGAGGAGGAAGAAGAAGUAGACAUUAAGGAGGUUGAUGGGAUAAACAAGAAAUACAAGGACAAAGAUCUGGACAUAGAAGAUGAAAACGAGGAAGAGGACAAAGAGGAGGAAGAAAAAGAUCUGGAUCAGGAGGAUGAAAGAAAAGAAGGAGAUGACGAAGAGGAAGAGGAAGAGGAGAAUACAGACGAGGAGGAGAGUAAAGAAGUAGAUGAAGAAGAGGACAAAAUAGCAAAUAAAGAGGAAGAUAAAAGUGUAGAGGAGGAGGACGAGGAAGAAGAAGCAGACGGCAAGGACGAAGAGGAAGAAUUAGACAAAGAGUGGUUGAAGAAAAAAUCUGACAAAGGUGACAAGCAGGAGGGCAGAGAAGUAGCCGAGAAGGAGAGAGUAGACAGGGAUGGGGGAAAUGAAGAGGUAGAUGAGGAUAGCGUAGAUACAGGGGUGGAGGAUGAAGAAGUAGACAAAGAGGAGGAAGGAGAGGACAUGGAGGGCGAAUUAGACAAAGGACGGGUGAAAGACGUAGACGAGGAGGAGGAAGAGGAGGAAGUGAAUCAGAGGGACAAUGAGGAUCAAGAGGAUAAAGAAGAAGAAGAUGUAGUAAAUAAGGAAGAGGAUGAAGACGUAGACAAAGGAAAAGAUGAAAUAGUUAAGGGAGAGAAUGUAGAAGCAGACACGGGAGAGGAUAUAGAAGUAGACGAGGGAGAGGAUGUAGACGAGGGAGAGGAUGUAGAAGUAGACAAGGGAGAAGAUGAAGGAGAUGAGGGAGAGGAUGUAGACGAGGAGGAGGAUGUAGUAGACGAGGGAGAGGAUGUAGACGAGGAGGAGGAUGUAGUAGUAGACGAGGGAGAGGAUGUAGACGAGGAGGACGAUGUAGAAGUAGACGAGGGAGAGGAUGUAGACGAUGAGGACGAUGUAGAAGUAGACGAGGGAGAGGUUGUAGACGAGGAGGAGGAUGUAGAAGUUGACGAAGAGGAGACUAACAAAUUUGAUGCUGGAGUAGAGGAGAAGACGGUGGAAGCAGAGGAGGGCGACAAUGGUGACAAAGAGAAAGAAGAGGAAAACAACGUACACAAAGAAAAGAAACUAAUCAAACGCAAACCAGAUGUCCCACUCCAUCUGCAGUUCCAUAAACUACACGCGUCCUUCUCCUCCUGGAAGAAGUCGUGGAUGGUGGCGGUAGCACGCAGAGGAGGAGAUGAAGAGGAGGACGAGGAAGAGGAUGAGGAGUUGGUGGAAGAGUGUCGGGCUUGGAAAGAGUCGUGGAGGAUUUGCCGCUGGAGGAAGCCAGACGAUGACGAGGUGGUGUGCUUCUCCACCGCAAACCGGAGUCAGAGAUACAUUGGGCUGAUGCAUGCUGGGAUGCCAAAGAGGGAAUGGACUCUCAGCUGGAAGACAAACCAAGACUGUAGCAAAAGAUGUAAACACUGAAGUGGAGGAAGAGGAGGAGGAGGAGGAAAAUGAAGAGGAAAGCUCUUUUGCUCAUUUAAGAUUGUAUUAAGUCAGGUUUAAUGGGAAGGAAGGAACUCUCCUUCCUUAGAGUAAAACUGAAAAGAGAACCCUGAAUCAUU